UAUAUGCAAAGAUAUGGCGCAACAGUAGGGCGAGGAUUUGUAUUCUCAGAUUAUCUUGUUAUCAGCUGUAACAAAACCAGAACAAACAAAAAAUAUCGAUGUUUUAUGUUUAUGACAAUUAUACCUGAUACAUUGAUACAAUUUUAUUUACAUAUAUAUCCUGGUAAUUUCUUAAAACGCCCACAUUUAACUGAUCAGAUGUAGCGAUAUGUACUCGUCUACGCAGACUAUUAUAUUAAGCUUUGUCAACACAACAAAUUUCAUUUUGGACAAAAGAAAGUUUUCAAUAUUCAGCAUGAUCACCACAACCAACUCAAUCAAAUUAUGUUAUUUCAUUGUAGCUGUACAAGACAAGCAAUAGAAUGUAAUGUUUGUGUUACAGUUACUGGACUUUGUGUCAUCAACAAAUUUAUCAGCAUGUUGUUAACCUGCUAGGAGUGCAUAUAACAACAGUUAUUACUUCACUUCUACCACACAACACUUGAAUCAAGAUGUCUGUAUCCGAAGAAUUGCAGCAUAUGGAUGAUAGUCCAGCAGAGAGUGAAGUAUGCCAAUUAGCUACAACUCUAAUGCAUUCAUCAAGUGAAGACUCGCAAACUGAGGAAGAAUAUGAUGGAAAUGAACAGUACAAAGUAACAGUUAGAUGCCUGAUGCGCUAUAUGUUAUGUAGACCUUGUUGUCGUGUACAUCGGAUGUGUGUUGAUACGACGUAUGAGGUUGCUGACGAUGAUAAAGAAAUUACUGUCACAAAAGGACAACUAUUUGUAGUGAAAGUAACAGGUCCAGCAGAGAGUGAUGCACACCAAUUAUCUGCAACACUAAUAAAUUCAUCAGGUGAAGAAUCGCCAACUGAGAUAGAAAAUGAUGGAAAUGGAGAGUACAAAAUAACAGGUGGAUGCAAUGUGGAAGGUGAUUGGCAAAUGAUGAUAACUGCCAGAGCUGAGCCCAUCCAAGGAUCUCCAGUGAAUAUCAACGUGGAAGCACUGGGGCUUGUUCAUACCACUCGUAACAUAUUAGAUUAUAUACAACAAAACGAAACAAAGAUGGUGACAGAUGUAGAGUUAGAUACAGAUGGACGUAUUUUAGUAUCAAGUUCCAGUAAAGAUAUAUUGAAGUUCGACCAAUCAGGUUCAUUUGUUGCUAGAAUAAAUGUGCCACAAGAUGCGCAGGUCAAUAGAAUGCAUCAGAUGGGUGAUGGUCACAUCAUGUAUAUUGAUGAUUUAGGAAAGUGUGUUGUAAAGUGUGAUGAUAAAUUUAGAGAAAUCAGAUCAUUUGGUAAAGGAAUACUGAAAAUGCCAAGGGGCUUGACAGUGAACAAGACAACUAGAGUUUUGUAUGUAGCAGACUUUGAUGAUGACUGUGUGUAUACAUUCAAUGCUGAUAAUGGUAGACUACUGGGUAAUAUAGGUUCAGAAGGUAGUGGAGUAGGUCAAUUGCUGCAACCCAUAGAUGUCACUUUAACUGAGGAAGGUCAUGUGAUUGUUGCUGAACUUGGAAAUCAGAGGGUAAAAAUGUUUGAUGCAAGUGGUAGGUUAGUGCGAAAACUUAAAUGCAUUGAUGAAAACGAUGAUGAUGAUGAUGAUGAUGAUGAUGAUGAUGAUGAUGAUGAUGAUGAUGAUGACGAUGAUGAUGAAAAGGGUCCUAAUUGUGUAACUAUGGAUUUUGAUGAAAAUUUAGUAGUGUCAAGUCAUAAUAAACUUAAAUUAUUUGAUAAAAAUGGUGACUUCAUAAAACGAAUAGAUCAUAGAGGUGAUGGAUUAAUGUUUCCAUUUAGAAUCGCUGUAAUCUCCAACAGACCAAGAAGAAUAGCAGUAACAAACCCCGGAGCAAACAAUGUUAAAAUAUUCAAUUAUUAAAAUGGCAUCCUUGCAUCAUAGUUUCAUAAAAAUUUAAUAUUACCAUCAUCGUUGGUGCUAGCAAGUGGAGUUGACAGUGGAUAUUUAAUCACACAACAAUUAGGCCACAUUUUUUACCUUCCAAAGUAUUUUCAAGUCCAGGAUUCAAAACCCAUCAGAGGGUCUAACAUUUUGAAUAUUGAUUCAAUCUCGUGAGUUUUUGAGAAGGCUUGAAGCUAAGCCAAAGUGUUACUUUUGCCCACCUAUGAGGCUAGCGGAUUUCGUCCCUGCUAGAGUUUCACCACGGGUGGCCUUGCCGUUUGAGUAAAAUGGCCUCUUUGAAAUUUUGUCUUAGAUCAAAGACCUUUACAUUAUCUUUACUUCUACUCACACUACUUGCUUUAUUUGCAAGUUCUACGAGGGAUUUACCGGAACCUGUAAUUAAGACAUGGAAUUUUAGUCAUGUUUUCCAGCAUCAAAAACAUAAAUAUUUACAUCGCCAUAAGUGGAAUUUGAGGCUAACUGAUAAUUAUUUUAUUUUUCGAAAAGACCGUAAUCGACAUGGGGGAGGCGUUUUAAUUGCCAGGGACCGCCUGCUUCAAUCUGCCGCCGCUCCCCAAUACGACGUUGACGGACUGGAAAUUAUAUGGACAGUUGCUUGCACUAAAAAAGGUAAAGUGCUAGUUGGCUGUGUCUACCGACCACCUAGUGCCAAUGCAAUAACAUAUGAUAAGCUUGAAACUUGCUUUGUAAAAAUUUUAGCUGAUGUUCAGAUUUAUCACUCUGUUGUACUUGUAGGUGAGUUGAAUAUUGACCUUCUGUGUAAUAAAAACUGUAAUGAGACUAAA